GGAAGAGCUGUUUGUUUCAAGAUUUCUGCGCUAUAAACUAUCUUCACUUUUUUAACAUAAAAAAAUUAGGACAAUUUUUAUCAGCCUCCAUCGUUUGCUUUAUUAGUUUAUCGCCAAAAUCUAGAAUUUGAAACGUCAUUUUAGUGUUGAUUUUAUCUUUUAUUUCUAUUGUAGUUUACUACAAUUAUAAUAUGAAAUGGAGGGAGUACCAUUUAUCAGCUUUGACUUCUAAAUCGAUAAGAAUGCAUAUAAUCGAUAAGGACGCCUAUAAAAGUUUUACUAGUGAAUUUUCUUUUCUUUGCUUCGUUUAAUGUUUGCUUAUGACUUAUCAUUCCUAGAGCAAACAAUUUGAUUAUCCAUGAUGAAAUAGUGAUUUUUUUUCCUUUGCUGCGUUUAAUGUUUCUUUAAGACUUAUCAUUCCUAUAGCAAACAAUUUGAUUCUCCAUGAUGAAAUAGUGACAAAUAUUACAGGAGCAUUCCAACUUUAAGAAAUAAUCGAUCCGAACAAAUUUUCACAUCAAAUUUAUUUUCUCCCAAAAUGAGGCGCGCAACACAGCUCAGAAGAGAAAAAAAAAGGGCGGGGUGUUUUGGCUUCUCCAGCACACUUCCCUCCUGCGCGCGGGCUUGGAACUUGUGCUUCUCUCCCCCUUUUCUCACUGCACUCGCCGACUCAUCUCACCUCUCUCUCUCAUCCGUUCCCCAAUCCAUCCAGGAGUUCAUGGCGGAUCAAUGGCGAAGCGAAGGAGCUAAACCCUAGAGCUCUCCAGCGCCUCGUUCACCUAUCCAAAACUAAAGGUGGCAUCCCCUUCUCAGUAUUACAGCAUGCACAUGAUGACUUCUGCAAGCGGAUGUGCAAAGUUGGAUUACCUUAGUUCGCAGGAGCCUGGUGAUGAAUCACAGAUCAACGCUAUUGACAUUGUGGAUAGGCUGCUAGUAGAAGAUGAUAUAGAAACUUAUCAGCAAAUAAGCAUCGACCAGACAACGAGGGCAAAGUCAGCUUCUACUUUAGGUUCAGAUAUAGCUCAAUGCCUGGCCAAAAGGGCUAGGUGCAGUUCCCCACUAAAAAAGGCUGGAAAUUUUGACUGGGUUGAUACCCCCACUGUUGAUGAUUGCAGAACCAGUAUUAUUUCCAUGGAAAAUACAGUAGAUCGUGCUAAUAAUCAAGUGAAACACGGUGGCUGUGGAUCAAGUACCAGGGCUUGGCCCAUACUAGAAUGCAUUGAUGAGGACUUGGGUACUAAUUGUCUGAAGAAAACGGAACCAUUUUGUGGUACUGAUGAUUUAUACCAAGAAUAUGAUAUUGGGCCAAAUACUCAGAUGGCAGCUGAAGCCAUGGAAGCAUUGUUCAAUGCUUCAACUGUCAGUUAUGAUGUCAAGGAGAAUGAACGUCCUGAAGAUUCUGUUGUUAAAAAUAUGACAAAAGGAACCAAAGUUGAUAAGACAUGUGCAGUUCAUUCACCAAUUCAAAAGAGAAAGGUAAACUUCUUGCGUCACAGAUCAGGAGUGGCAACAGAAUACAAGCAAAUCAAGGUAGAUGAUACAGUAAGGGAAAAUGGUGAAAGUUCAGUCUCUCAUACAAACACAUCACAAACCAGGAAGUAUACGAAACAGAUGGCAGGGAAAGCAAAAAGAAACAUCAGCAGUGGGAUUACUCAAAGAGACAUAGAUCAUGAGGUGUCAGAAGUAAUCACAAGAUCUGGUACAAAUGACUCAAAUAUUCCUCUUUCACUAGAUACAGAUGCUUUAAUCCAUCCUAAAAGGAGGAGGACAUAUAUAUUUACCUCGGGAAGCUCAAAAAUUGAGUUCAUUGAAGCUAUCAAGCCAACGGCACUUAGAGCCAAAACUACAGAAGUAAAACAGCUUUCAACAGCUAACACAGUAAGCGUAUCUGAUCAAGAUACCACAAGUGGCUUGAGAAUGAGUCAACAUUCUUCUUUUGCUGAUCAUGAAGCAUCAGCAGGUAGUUCAUACUUCAAUCCACUUGCAGAAACUUUUACUGUAGGGCUUGAAAAACAGUCAAUACCUGAGAAGAAGGGUCAUGACUCUAGUUUGAUGCCCAGUGUACCGCUGAGAGAGCUAAAUGGUGCAGGGCCCCAAGCUAGGACACGUACAUCAGAAACACCGAAGAGAGUCCUGAAAUCACCAGGUUCCAGAGAACUUGCUAACCUCUUUAGAAAUGAAGUAUCUCCAGUAUUGCAAUCUAGCAGGCGAAGGAGAAAGCAUAUGUCCACAGUCCGUGUACUACUUAGCCAAAGUAUGGGCAAUGAAACCCUCAACGAUCAAACAAAGAUUUUGAUACAUUUUGGAUUAUCAGUGGCAACAACUAUUUCAGAGGCUACACACUUUGUUGCUGAAAAGUUUGCGCGCACAAGGAACAUGCUAGAGGCAAUAGCUACGGGCAUACCUGUAGUCACACCGGCAUGGCUUGAAUGCUGCAGGGAAGCUAGGAGUUUCAUUGAUGAGAAAAGAUACAUUCUGAGGGAUAUAAAGAAGGAAAAGGAGCUAGGCUUUAGCAUGCCUGUCUCACUAAGCCGAGCUUGCAAAAAACCUUUGUUAGAGGGUAGAAGAGUGCUAAUCACACCAAAUGCUAAACCUAGCAAGGAGCUUUUGAAAAGUUUAGUAGUGACUGCUCAUGGCAAGGUGUUGGAGAGAAACGCAAUGUCCAAGAUGAAGAAUAGAAGUUUAAUGGGAGCUUUUGUAAUCUCUUGUGAACAAGACUACAAAAUAUGCGUGCCAUUCAUUAAGAACGGUUUUGAGGUGUUUGAAUCAGAGCUUGUGCUUAAUGGUAUUGUCACCCAGAAGCUAGAAUUUGAAAGGUAUCGUCUUUUUUCAGGAUAAAACCGUGUGAAGUGUCCGCGAGUCUUGAUAAAUUAGGUACUAUGCAACAAAGCGUAUUAUUGUACAUAAAUCCUUAUUAUAUUCCUCUAGUUACUCGUAUUCGUAUGUUUCCUCGCAAAUUUGCGAACGCUUGUUGCAAGUAUUUAUCCCUGCAGCCUCUUCUUGGCAUGACUAUUUCUGUGGGUAGACACCAAGCUCUUGUGUGAAGAAGAAUGAUGAUGUCAUUAACAUGGUUACUCAUUUACGUGUCA